AUGGAUUUACCUCUAGGCUUGGCAGGCCGAAGCCUACAGCUUCGAAAUCUAGGCAGGCUCCAGCCAAGUUUCAGCCAGCGCUUAUUUGAGGUCCUGUCUACAGGGAACACGUUCAGCAGCUUGGAAGGGAUGGAAUUUGAGUGGAGCAUCGCCAAGGAUGACGAGAUGGAAAACGUGGAGCUGUCCAGCAAGAUUAGGAUCUUAAAGUAUUCCGAAGCAGAAUAUUCUCCACCGGACUACAUUAUCGAGAUGGAAAGAGAGGAGAAACAAGGAGACAGGAUUCUGGUCUCAGGGAUCAAGACAGGGGCAGCGGUCGUAAAAGUACGAAUGGAGGAGCCGACAUACAAGAAAAUAGCAGCCGCUCUGGUACGUCUGUUGGUUUUGGAGAACGUGUUCCUAAUACCCUCCUAUGAUGUGUCCCUGUUGGUUGGAGCCUACAUUAAGUACAAAGUCGGCAAAAUAGUUCAGGGGAAGAUCAUAGAGGCGGAGCUGCCUUUGGAGCAUUACGAACUCCAACUGCGGGAUGAAGCUAAGGCGCCUGGCGCGUCGGACCUCCUCCCCGUGGCUGAACUGGAUGCGAACACCGCCACUGUCACCGCUGUGCAGCUGGGACAGGUUAACCUUGUCUUCAUCCACAAAAACGUCCACAUGCGAUCUGCCUCUGGGCUUCCUAAUUGCACCAUAUAUGUUGUAGAGGCCGGAUUUUUAGGUUUCUCUGUCCAGCCUGGAAAUAGGUGGAUCCUAGAAGUGAGGCGAGCAUACAUCAUCGCGGUCGAGGUGUACGAUAAAUCAAGCUCUAAGAUCUACCCAUCUGAUAAUCUCAGAAUCACGCACCAGUUCCCCGUGGAUUAUUUUAAGGAGGUCGCGUCCUCGGUGAAUGGUACCUACCACUUGGUUCAGAUUCGGAAAGAUGGUGCCUGCAUAAUAAAGGCUGCUCUGGUGUCUGUUCUCCUUCAGAGCGGCUUGGAAGAUUUCUUGCUGGCUCCCAUCAGCCAUGAACAAGAAGUGAAGAUCUAUCUUCCUAUCCAGCUGACACCCUCCUUUCUGGCCUUCCCACACCACCCUCUGGAUGUCUUGUAUCGGUAUAGAGUGCAGGUCACAGGAGGCAGCGGCAACUUCACGUGGACCUCUUCCAACCAGACGGUGGCCAACGUCACUGUGAAAGGGAUGGUCAUAGCAGGGCUAGUCCAGGGAGAAAGCGCAGUGCAAGCUAGAGACGUCCAGAAUCCUUUCCAUUUUGGAGAAAUACAGGUGCAUGUGCUGAAGCUCUCAAAGAUGGAGUUGCUGCCAUUCCAUGCGGACACUGAAAUCGGGCAGACCUUGGAGGCUCCGCUCAUGAUGUAUCACACAGAGAAGGAGACGGGGGAGACCAUCGCCUUCACCGACUGCUCUCUCUUGGCCCUCGACGUCAGCGUAGACAAGCAAGGAGUGUUUGCCUUGGACGAAGAGGGCAAGCCGAAAGCCGGCCAGACGUUCUGCUCCAGCAUCCAGCUAGCAGCGAAGUCCCUGGGGCACACUCUGGUGACGGCUAGCGCCACAGUCUACGAGGAGUAUUUUGAAACCAGUGCCACCUUUGCCGCUUACGAACCAAUCAAGGCAGUGGACCCCGUGGAAGUGGCUCUGGUGACCUGGCACUCGGUGAAGGAGACGGUGUUUGAGGGCGGCCCGAGCCCGUGGGUGUUGGAGCCCUCCCGCUUCUUCCUGGAUCUCAGAGUGGAGCGGGGAGACAAAGUCCACGUGACGGAGGUCUGGCUAGCAGCCAAGAGGAAGCCGAACCAGUAUAUUUACCGGAUCAUGUGCCUGGAGCUGGGGGAACAGGUGUUGACCUUCCAGGUGGGUAACCAUCCCGGAGUGCUGAACCCUAGCCCUGCUGUGGAGAUGGUGCAGGUGAGGUUUGCGUGUGGCCAUCCUGCCAGCAUGGCCGUGAUGCCCGUGUACAAGCUGGCAGCCGGCACCCAGCCGUGUCCCUUGCCGCAGCACCACAAGCAGCUGGUCCCCGUGUCCAGCUUACGGAACACCGUCUUGGAACUGGCUCUGUUUGAUCAGCACCGGAGGAAGUUUGACAACUUCAGUUCCCUGCUCCUGGAAUGGACGUCAGCUAACGUAACUCUGGCGCACUUCACUCACCCACGGUCCAUGCAGAUGGUACCAAAGGACGAUGGGACGGGACAAACCAGACUGCAUGGGCAUCAGCUCCUAGAGGUGCACCAGAUCAAAGGGACCGUUCUGAUAGCUGUCAACUUUGUGAAAUAUUCAGAGAGAGGCAGCCCGAAAGAGGUGUCUAACUCUCCUGCCUCUGCAGCCGUGGAACUGUCACUGGUCGAGGAUGUGACGGUGGUCCCCGAUAAUGUCACUAUGUACAACCACCCAGAUGUGAAGGAAGUGUUUGCAUUGGUGGAAGGCUCCAGCUACUUCCUUGUCAGCAGCAGCGCAGAAGAGAUGGUGAACGUCACUUACCUGGAGGCAGAAAGCGCAAUCCACGUUGUUCCUGUCCUCCCUGGUUCUUUGACCUUGGAGGUCUACGAUCUCUGCCUGGCCUUCCUGGGACCGGCUACAGCUUAUCUACGGGUAUCUAAUAUGUUUGAACUGGAAGUGGACCUCAUUGACAAGAUUGAGGUUGGUAAAACUGUGCUGGUGUCAGUCAGGGUCCUCGGAUAUCACCGACACCCCUUCCGGAGUAGAUACUUCGUGUACAUGGGACUCCAGUUGAGGGCAGCCUCUCCUAUCGUUACACUUAUGCUGAUGGAGAAAGCGGGUGAAUAUUCUGAAAUAUACUUGCUCCGAGCUGUGGCUGUCGGGCAGACGACUUUGGUGGCCACAGCAUGGGACAAGACAGGGACCAAAUUCACAUCUGCACCUCGGAAUGUGGAGGUCUUUCCACCGUUCAAACUCAUCCCAAAGAAAAUGACCCUCAUUCCACAUAACAUGAUGCAGGUGAUGUCAGAAGGCGGCCCGCAACCGCAGUCCCUCAUUCACUUCUCAAUCAGUAACCAGACCGUGGCCACGGUUAAUGGACUUGGACAGGUCACCACCAGGACCGUGGGUGUGGCCAUCAUACAAGGCACCAUUCGGGCUGUGAACGAAGACACGGGGAAAGUCAUUGUCUUCUCACAGGAUCAGGUGGACCUAGAAGUGGUUCAGCUGAAAGCAAUAAGGAUUUACGCUCCUGCCACCAGGCUCAUCACAGGCACCGAGAUGCCAGUGUACGUUGUGGGCCUGACCAGUACUCUGACCCCCUUCUCUUUCGGGAACGCCGACCCAGGGCUGACAUUCCACUGGACUAUGAGCAAACGGGAUGUCUUGGACUUUCUUCCCAGACACUCAGAGGCUUCCGUUCAACUUGCUCCGGAACACAACUUUGCUAUGGUCGUGCACACAAAGACCGCAGGGCGAACAAGCGUCAAAGUGACGGUGAAUACUGUGGAUGCGAACACCAGGCAGUUUGAAGGGAAUCUCACCGAGCUCUCAGACGAAGUGCAAAUACUGGUGUUCGACAAGCUCCGCCUCUUCUCCCCAGAGUGUCCCACAGAACAAAUCCUGAUGUCCAUGAAUUCACAGCUCAGGCUGCUCACGAGCAGGGACGGGGCAGCCUUUGUGACUUCUCAUCUCCUCCAGUGUUACCCCAAUUCCUCUGUCAUUGAGGCAGACAUACACGGCCUGCUCAAAGCCGGAGCCGUCACAGGGACUGCUGUGCUGGAGCUUACCUCCUUGGAACCUUCCGGAGUCAACCAGACUGUCAUCACCGGAGUGCGGGUGGCCCCCGUGUCCUACUUGCGGCUGAGCAGUCUUCCCAAGCUCUACACGGCCAGCAGGAUUCCCCUGCAUGCUUUUCCUUUGGGAAUGACCCUCACCAUCACCGUUCAGUUCUAUGACAACACUGGGGAGAAAUUCCACACGCAGAACACUCAGCUUUACCUGGCCUUGAACAGAGACGACCUGCUCCUCAUCCGUCCCAGCACCAAGAACUACACGUACGUCGCCCAAGCUGUGAACAGGGGCGUGACCCUGGUGGGCGUUUGGGACGAGAAGCAUCCCGGCAUGGCAGAUUACAUCCCUGUCCCCGUGGAGCACGCCAUCGAGCCGGACCUCUUGGAGCCACUUGCUCUGGGGGACGUGGUGUGUUUCAGCACACCCCUCGUCAGCCAAGAAGGAGAGCCUGGGGCAUGGCAGGUCUCGCCCAACGACGUCCUCAAGUUAGAUGCGGCAACCGGAGUGGUGUUUGCAAAGAACGCUGGGAAAGCCACGGUCUUCCACGACAUCCCUGGGGUAGUGAAAACCUACCGAGAGGUUGUCGUCAGCGGCUUCUCAAGAUUAAGCCUUCACCUUGGUCCCAAAAGCUACCUAACCAACACUCCUAAUGCCUCUGAAUUCCGGGUUUUCAUUGCCACCAACAAGACAGGUUCAACUCUCCGAGGUCCCUGCGCCCCUCCUCAGCUUCAUGCUAUCACCAGCAGGCUUUCCCCACAAUCUCACCUGAUCUGCCAAGUGGAGUUUGGAGAGACCAUCCCAGAUAUCGAAGCAAGCAAAGUCUUUCACGUUCGGCCUGAGUUCUACACUGACAAAGGUCUUUACGGCUGCGCUGUCACGGCUAAACCCCAGCCGGAGGAAUACUUACUGGCGCUGAGCACGGCUGAAUCCUGGGUGUACGUAGCAGCCUCUCUCCACAGUGAGCAGAGCCAGGCAGGGGCGCCAAGAGUCUCGGUCCCCUUCUUCCCUGCCUUUUACAUCAACCAGUCAGAAGUCAUCUUCAGCAGCCAGGAACUGAGCACUGAGAUCUUCGUGUUGGGCACAAGAAGGGUAACGGAAAAAAUUGAGGUCCAGCCCAGUUCCCCAGCGAUAGAAGUGGAGAAGCCCUUCUACCCACCAGACAUGCCUGGGCAUGUCCUGUACACUGUCAGCGUGGUCAACCUGACGUCUCUCCAGCAGAUGGCAGCACCCAUCUUCAUCAACCUCUCCUGUGCCUUGACGAACCAGAAGGCUGCUGUGUCGGUGCAGGUGGUACCAAGCAAGUACCUGCCAGGUAAGCAGUGCGACGCCGGAAUCGUCGGCCAACUGGUCACCUCCUACCAGGUCCUCCUCUUCACCAUCUUUGCCGUCCUGGCAUCCACCUCCGUCAUCUUUCUCAUGUACAAUGCUUUCCUGGUAAGAAUUCAAGAAGUCCCUGUGGUGUACAUCCCCACCUCACCUCCAGCACAGACAGUGCCCGGCUAUCCGCUGACUCAUGGGCAGCCUCAGCAGCGCAGUGCGAGGAACAGGAAUUCAGCCAGGCUGUGGAAUGUCAGAUGAAGUCCCUCCAGUACCGUAUAAAGAAUAAACUCAUGAA